AUGGGCCGAAAAUCGGAGGUGGCGCUGGACGAGACGAUGGACACGACGGUCAAUGGGGAAGCCGAGCCCGUCACCGACAAGGACGCCUACGAGGAACAGUGCGCUCUGGCCAACGAGAUCGCAUCCCCGAUGGCGAACCGGAAACUGGCGAAGAAGGUGUACAAGCUGAUCAAGAAGGCCUCAGGAGUGAAGACGGCCGUUCGUUUCGGCAUCGCGGACGUCUCGAAGGGGUUGAGGAAGAAUGAGAAGGGCAUCGUCGUGUUGGCGGGCAACGUGACCCCGAUCGAUAUCUAUUCGCAUAUUCCGGCAUUUUGCGAGGACAAGGGUGUCCCAUAUGUGUAUACGCCAUCGCGGGAGAGUCUCGGAUUGGCGGCCGGCUUUCGACGAUCCAUCAUUAUUCUGUUGAUCCGCCCAAAUGCCGAGUACCAGGAGUUGUACGACGAGCUGUUCGAGACGUGCAACCUGCUCGUGCCCAACACCAAGGAGAAC